AGAAAUCUUCAUCAAACGUUCGAUCUUAAUCAUCAAUAUAUCCAAAACUCAAUGACCUUUUCAAUGACAUGUUUUACCGCCCACUUACUGAUUAAUAAAAUAAAAUUGACGGUCACUUUGAUAUUGGUGUAAGUCAGAGCUAAACAACCCAGCACGUGGACCAUGGCAUUAUUUGUUUUGUUUCUGGUGGCAUCUGCCACGGCUAGAUCGAUGGAACACCUAAGCGCUGAAAACCAAAUUGCUGGCGAAUAUGUAGCUCCAGAUUCAAAUCACCAGUUCAAAACUGACAUAUCAGACAUAGAAACCGAAACAGCAGAAGAUGAUGAGACAGGUUUGAGUCACUGGUUUGGAAACAAUAAAAUUGCAUUCUCUACCUAUCUAAGCCGAAGAUACAAUCAUCUUGGUAAAGGACAACAUGUGAAGUUUGACAAAGUGCUACUCAAUGAUGGGGACGGGUAUGAAGCUUCCACAGGAGUGUUCAGGGCAAAAGUAAGUGGAGUUUACAUGUUCACAUACGCCAUUGCGCAAAGAAACAAGAAUGAGAUCCGAGUGAAUCUUAUGUACGACGGUAAAAUUAUUAAUGGGGCUGUUGCAGAAGGUAGACACACAUAUCAUGAUGCACAAGGUACAAACACUGCAAUAAUUCAUGUGUGUAAGGAUAAGGCAGUUUGGAUAGAAGCUGUAACCUGUGGUCCUUUGGAGGGAAACAGUGCCGACAGAAGAUUUACUACUUUUAGUGGAUUCUUGCUGUACGCCAGGCGUUAAAGAUAGUCAACCAAAGUGUUCUAUGAUAUUGUCAUUUUUUGUGGUGACAAAACCGUAACCCGCUUCUAUAAAUGCAUAGCCUGUUCUUAUCUUUUAUAUCGUAUGUCAGUUGUUUUAAAUUAUCAUAUAACACACUGUAUAAUAAAUAGUAUAUUGGUUGAUUUCAUAACAUUUAUGAAAUGUAUUCUAGAUAUAUGGAAUGUUAAAUAAAUUCUUUAUAUGAUUAUUGAAAGAACUGUCCAAUAUGCCAUUUUCUUAAAUUGAUAAAUUUCGAUAAUUUCCGCUUUAAAGUUUUUAUCUAGAUGAUUACUAAUAAACAAAAUGAUGUAUGCAUGCCCUUAUUAAAGAACUUAAAAUACGACGAAAAACAAGAUAAACAAGGAAGAGUGGCAUUCAUUCGAAGCAACCCCACAUGACCAAGCCACACAGGACUACAGACAAAGAGCCCUGAAGGACACCAAACAAAUACUUGAGAGAGCACAAUAUAUGCUGUAUACUGA